AUGAAGAUCCAGUCAGUAAUAGAUGCAACAAGGUUUAGUCGCUGGGAAAAGCUAGAACGAACGGUGGCACUCGUUCAUCGAUUCAUUGAUAAUAUUAGACGAAAGCGUCAAAGCGGGCAGUUGGAGCUUGGAAUCCUGAACCAGGAAGAACUGGCUAAGGCAGAGAUUACGCUAUGGAAGCUGGCGCAGCAAGAGUGGUAUCCUGAAGAAGUAGAGCAGCUUAGUGGGAUCGAAGGAACAUCGCAGUUACAACGUUCUGCAGUAUCGAAAGCCAGUCACAUCUAUAAACUCUGGCCGUUCUUGGAUCAGUGCGGCGUUAUGCGAAUGCGAGGGAGGAUUGAUGUAGCAACAUGCGUGGCAUAUGCGGCUAGGCAUCCGACGAUUCUACCACAGCAAUCGUGGAUCACCUUUUUGUUGGCGGACAAGUUCCACCGACGAUUCCGCCACGCGAAAAAAGAAACGAUAAUAAACGAGAUGAGGCAGGAGUUUCAUAUUCCGAGACUGCGAACGUUAAUCACAAGGGUUGCGAAAGAGUGCGCACAUUGUCGUGUACGAAAUGUCAUGGCAAGGCCGCCACCGAUGGCUCCCUUACCUAAGGUUCGCGUUACACCUUUUGUGCGACCCUUUACUUUCGUAGGACUCGACUACUUCGGACCAGUUUUGGUGAAAAUGGGACGCAGUAAUGUAAAACGAUGGAUUGCACUCUUCACGUGCCUCAGCAUUCGCGCUGUCCAUCUGGAGGUAGUGCACAGUAUGUCCACCCAGUCCUGUGUGCUAGCAGUUCGACGUUUCGUUUCUCGGAGAGGUUCACCGGCUGAAUUUUUCAGCGAUAAUGGGACGAACUUUCAUGGUGCCAACAAUUUGUUAGAAAAGCAGAUUAUGGAUCGAAACAAAACUCUCGCAUCCGUGUUUACCAACACUAAAACUCGCUGGUCGUUCAAUCCACCCGGGGCUCCUCAUAUGGGCGGAGUAUGGGAACGGAUGGUGCGCUCCGUUAAAGCAGCGAUUGGGGCGAUUGGCGACACACCACGUAAACCAGACGAUGAGACGUUGGAGACUGUGAUUAUCGAGGCGGAAGCUAUGAUCAAUACCAGACCGUUAACAUAUAUUCCGUUGGAAUCGGCAGAUCAGGAGGCGUUAACUCCAAAUCAUUUUCUUUUGGGGAGUUCCUCGGGAGUCAAACAGCUUCCUGUCUUCCCAACGGACUAUCGAACGACUCUCAGAAGUAGCUGGAACUUGGCACAGCAUCUAGUAGAUGGAUUCUGGAAUCGAUGGUUGAAGGAGUAUCUUCCGGUAAUCUCAAGACGCUCUAAAUGGUUCGAGAAUGUGAAGGAUAUCAACGAAGGCGAUUUGGUAUUUGUAGUGGAUGGAACAAUAAGGAAUCAAUGGAUAAGGGGACGAGUUGAGAAGGUGGCUGUGGGACGAGAUGGUCGUGUACGGCAGGCGUGGGUGCGUACGAAAGGAGGAGUUCUUCGAAGGCCGGUAGUUAAGUUGGCUUUGCUCGACGUCAGGAUGGAUGGUGACCCUGAGCAAGGAGAUUGCAACGGAUCACGGGGUGGGGAAUGUGACGGCGAAUAG